AUGAGGAAAUCCAUGAUGCUUGUGUAUGAGUAUUUGGAACACAACAGCCUAGACAAAUGGCUGCACAACAAGAAUAAAUCAUCGAAUGUCUUUGAUUGGCCGAAGCAAUUGCAAAUAGCCAUUGGAAUUGCUCAUGGUUUGUGCUACAUGCACCAUGAUUGCUCGCCUCCGAUUGUUCAUCGCCAUAUAAAAACAAGCAACAUACUUUUGGAUUCUCAAUUCAAUGCAAAAGUUGCUGAUUUCGGUCUUGCUAGAUGGUUGACAUUACUUUUGGAUUCUCAACAUAGUUGA